CUCAAAACCGAAAUGCAGAACCAGUCAAGAGAGAUAGAAUUCAUUCUCCUGGGACUGACAGAUGACCCACAGCUGCAAAUUGUAAUUUUUAUUUUUCUCUUUGUCAACUACAUGUUGAGCAUGAUGGGAAAUGUAUCCAUUCUCCUCCUUACCCUUCUGGACCCCCGCCUCAAGACUCCAAUGUACUUCUUUCUCCAAAAUUUCUCCUUCUUGGAAAUCUCAUUGACAACAGUCUGUAUUCCCAGGUUCCUUAUAACCAUAGUGACUAAAAACAAAAUCAUUUCCUACAAUGCUUGUGCAUCUCAAUUAUUCUUUUUCCUCCUGUUAGGAGUUACAGAAUUUUACCUUCUGGCUGCCAUGUCCUAUGACCGCUAUGUGGCCAUCUGCAAACCCCUGCAUUACCCAGUGAUCAUGAGCAGUAAAGUGUGCCACCAACUUGUACUCAGUUCAUGGACAGCUGGCUUUCUGAUUACCUUCUCACCACUGGUCAUGGGACUGCAACUGGAAUUCUGUGCUUCCAAAGUAAUUGAUCAUUUCAUAUGUGACACAUCACCUGUCCUGCAGAUUUCUUGCACAGACACACAUUUGCUAGAAUUGAUUUCAUUUGCUUUAGCAGUUGUAACACUUGUGGUCACAUUGCUGUUGGUGAUUCUUUCCUACACAUAUAUUAUCAAGACCAUUGUUAAAAUCUCUUCUGCUCAGAAAAGAACAAAGGCCUUUUCCACCUGCACUUCCCACAUGAUUGUAGUCUCCUUGACUUAUGGCAGCUGUAUCUUCAUUUACAUAAAGCCAUCAGCAAAGGAAAGAGUGACUUUAUCCAAAUGUGUAGCUGUUAUCUAUACUUCUGUUGCCCCUUCUUUAAACCCCUUCAUUUAUGCUCUAAGGAACCAGCAAGUGAAACAAGCCUUCAAGGAUACAGUCCAAAAGCUGUGUAAUAGUAGGACCACUCCAUUAAAGUUUCAUUGA